UGUAGCCUAACAUCACUCGCUCAACCAGUGGUUCCGUCAUCUCCGACAGGACGUGAACGCAGCAUCUGGCCAGGGGCGGGUAAGGCGCUAACCGUGCAGUAUGGCGGACGAUGGAGACAGUUCGAGCGGACCAGUUGACACAAGCGGCGGGCAGGGGGCAGCGGAUGAGACGGACGGGCUCGGCCUCGGCGGGAUGUUGCUGAAUAUAAGUAUUUUGGCGGUGCUGGUGGCGGUGUGUCUGGCGGUGUACCGGCGGUGGGGCAGGCGGCUCGUCUCUGACGCGGCCCAGGGCGACGAGGCCUCGGCGCUUCCCAAGAUGAGGAGACGGGACUUCAGUCUGCAGCAGCUGCGGGAGUACGACGGGCUCCAGAACCCGCGCAUCCUCAUGGCUGUCAACAUGAAGGUCUUCGACGUGACCAGCGGGAAAAAGUUUUACGGGAAAGAUGGUCCUUACGGCAUUUUCGCGGGUCGGGAUGCUUCGAGGGGCUUGGCCACUUUCUGCCUGGAGAAAGACGCCCUGAGGGACGAGUACGACGACCUGUCAGACCUCAACGCUGUGCAGAUGGAGAGCGUGAGGGAGUGGGAGAUGCAGUUCAUGGAAAAAUACGAUUACGUCGGGAGGUUGCUGAAGCCUGGAGACGAGCCUUCGGAGUACACAGACGAAGAGGACAUUAAGGACCACCUGAAACACGACUGAGCGGUUCCAUCACUCCUACCAAAGCCAGGAGCCCCAAACAGCUGCGACAGACCGCCCCCCCCCCCCCCAGCCCCCCCAGACUUCCUCCUCCUCCUCCUACCGCCCCAUCAUCAAUCUACCGGCCACUCCUAAACCCCGCCCCCUCUCCCCAAACUCUUCCCCCUCCUGAAUCUGUCCGCUGCCGUGGCUGUCCUGGAAGGGGCGGGACUCAAAGUCUCACCGACCUCCCUCCCUCUCCAUCCUGCGAAGAUCACCACCAAACAGAAGGCGACCGAUGAGGGCUUUUUAAAACGUCAGAAACCUUGUCUGCGGGGUGUGAGGAGAGGUGAUGUGCCAUUAGGUGUAAUUGAAACAAAACCACAAAAUAUUUUAGUCAUUUCUCCGUGUGGGGGCGGGCUGGGGGAGGGGGGGGGGAAUGUGGUGGUGAUGGUGGUCAACGCUGAGCGCUGUGUGGAGGUCGGUCCGAGGUAGUCAGAGAAAAAAAAAAAACAUUGGUCAAAGAUGAUCAGUGGAUCGGGACGGGGAAACAGAUUUCUCUCUUUUUAUUGUUGGUUUAGGUCACAUCGCGACUGAGACUGCUUCAGCUUCCGGACAGUUCAUCAAUCAAUCGUUCGUUUUCUCUGUUCAAAUCAUUUCCCCCCCCCCUUGUUGAGAGGGCAGCGCCGCGGCCUCGCCCGUGCUGUGGAAAUCGGCGGGGCGUCGCAUUUUCCUGUUGUGUUUGUAGUGUAUGCACUACUAGUUUUCUUUGUUUGUCACCAUGUGAUUGUAUUUGUCAGUAGCAUAUAGAGGGAGGGGCAAGCGGGAGGGAAAUACUUUUUCUUCUUCUUUGUGGUUUGGGGGGAGCGGGGGGUUUGAAGGUCCUUGCCAUAUGAAUCCUGUUUCGACUCGCAUCAGACGGACUGAAUCACCGAUCGGGAAUACAAAAGGGAAGGUGAUAAGGCAGUCCUAAUCAAUCGACUUCAAUUGUUUACAUGCCUCACAAGCCAGCUGCAAGUCUGUAGAUCCCCCUGAAAAUGGUCCAAGUAUUAAUUGUGCCUUAUUUCGUUUGUCGCGUCAGUCCUGACCGUUCUAACCGAGGAGGCGAGUGGAAGGAAGGAAGGAAGGAGGCGUCUGUUGUUCUCCUAGACUCGGUCCCCCAGACUUUAAAGAAGGCAUACGUCCUGUCAGUCGUCCCUGCACAGACUGUAAUAUUCCCCCACUUCACAAACUCUGUAAAUAGUCCGUAUGAAUUACUCAGUGUUACUGCCAUAUUUAUGUAGUUGAUGAACUCCAUAUAUGUAUAAUGCUAUGUCGUAUUGGCCAAAACCCCCAUGGUUUGUUUUUCUUUUCUGUUUUUCUUUUUCUUUCAGUUCUUCUUUUUUUAAACGUGGGUGAAUUUUCCAAAAAUGAAAGCGAACCGAAAGAGGAGAGUUGCAAAGUGCUGCAGGGCGGGACCGGGAGCUGUUCUUGCGAAUAUGUUUUUUUUUUUUUUGUUGUUGUUUUUUUUUGUUCGUUCGUUCGGAGACGUUGCUUAUCCUGUAAAUAUAUCUAUCAUUUUAUUAAAGCAUGUGCAACAACAAAGUGAGCUAUGCCGAAACUCCCACCACGUCAUGUAUUUAAAUGUUGGGUGUGUGUGUGUGCGUGUCUGCGUGACCGAGGCAGGAAGGGAUUUGUUCAUGCAUAAUAAAUCGAUUUGGUUAAUAAUUGAA